AUGACGACAUUUGUUUAUGCUUGUAGUCCGGUGCCUGGUGGUGGCGGUGGUGGUGAUAGUGGCGGUGGUGAUGGUGGUGGUGGCGAUAGUGCUGGUGGUGACAAAGGUGAUGGCGGUACCACUCCUGCAUCUACUACCAAAAAAGAAGAAAAAAGGAGAAAGAGAAGUGCUGAUUUGGCAGAAUCGGAAAAAUGUCAAGGUGUUGAGUUGGAUAUAAUCACGAAUGAAGAUAACACACCGCAAGAAACAUUCAACAAUGUUGAGAAGCUUGAAUCAAAGAUUAAAUCUUUGGGUCAGGAAUUAAAUUACAAUAAUACAAUGGAUAAUAUGGAACUUGAAUCAGCAGGAGGUGACAUGUUGAAAUUAAUAUAUAAAGUGGAUUCUGAAUGCAAUGCAGUGCGCCAUGUUAUGCUUGAUGCACUGACUAAAAUAGAAAUGAUUCAAAUGAUAGCGACGAAGUGCAACUGCUAUCCUUCGUUUGUUUUGUACAAGAAAGAUUUUAAACAAAAUUAA